GGGCGAGUCCAUUGCGAGCCGAGCCCGGGGAGGCGUCGGGGAGGCCCCGGGGCCGCUGGAGAUGCUGCGGCGCGUUUUGGGGGGGGGUCUGCGGGGGGGGGGAGGGGCGGCGGGACCCCCCCGGGCCCCCGCCCGCGCCGCCGCCGACCAAACCCCCCCGGACCUGGCCCGGGAGCGCUGCAAGGCCGUCACCUCCUUCUACCACCAGCCCGCCAUCGACGCUGCUGCUGAGAGGCCCUCGGUGCGCCUGACCCCCACCACCAUGCUGUACUCGGGGCGCUCGCAGGACGGGAGCCACAUCCUGAAAAGCGCCCGGUACCUGCAGCAGGAGCUGCCCGUGCGCAUCGCCCACCGCAUCCAGGGCUUCCGGAACCUUCCCUUCAUCAUCGGCUGCAACCCCACCAUCCUGCACGUGCACGAGCUCUACAUCCGCGCCUUCCAGAAACUGAGCGACUUCCCCCCGAUCCAGGUACGCAGUGAUGAGUCUCGUUACUGCGCGUUGCUGCGGCAGCUGCUGGAGGAUCACAAGGACGUGGUGACGCUGCUGGCUGAGGGGCUGAGGGAGUGCAGGAGACACAUACAGGACGAGCGGCUGCUGCGGCCGUUCCUGGACAAGACGCUCACCUCGCGCCUGGGCAUGCGGAUGCUGGCAGCGCAUCACCUGGCGCUGCACGAGGACAAGCCGGAUUUCGUGGGGAUCAUCUGCACCCGCCUGAGCCCCAAGAGACUGAUCGAGAAAUGGGUGGACUUCGCCAGGCGGCUCUGCGAGCACCAGUACGGGAACGCGCCGCGCGUGCGCAUCAACGGCCACGUGGCCGCGCGGUUCCCGUUCAUCCCCCUGCCCCUGGACUACGUCCUGCCCGAGCUGCUCAAGAACGCCAUGAGGGCGACGAUGGAAUCACACCUGGACACUCCGUACAACGUCCCCGACAUCGUGGUGACGAUCGCCAACAACGACAUCGACCUCGUCAUCCGGAUUUCGGACCGAGGAGGAGGAAUCCCCCACGAUCUGCUGGACAAAGUGACCGAGUACCAUUUCAGCACGGCCGAGGCGAGCGCGCAGGACCCGCGCCUGGGGGGGCCCUUCCGGGGGCUGAUGGAGCCCAACGGCCAAGCCGGGCCCAUGCACGGGUUCGGCUUCGGGCUGCCCACGUCCCGCGCCUACGCCGAGUACCUGGGGGGGUCCCUGGCGCUGCAGUCGCUGCAGGGCGUCGGCACCGACGUCUACCUCAGGCUGCGGCACAUCGACGGCAAGGCCGAGAGCUUCCGCAUCUAGGGGGGCUCGGGGGACCCCAAAACCCCGGCAGCGGGGCUGGGACGGCCGGGAGAACCUUCCAGAAUUGAGUUUGGGUCAUCAGAACCUUCCAGAAUUGAGUUUGGGUCAUCAGAACCACGGAGAACCUUCCAGAAUUGAGUUUGGGUCAUCAGAACCUUCCAGAAUUGAGUUUGGGUCAUCAGAACCAUGGAGAACCUUCCAGAAUUGAGUUUGGGUCAUCAGAACCUUCCAGAGUUGGAUUUUGGUCAUCAGAACC